GCUGGGAGGGUGCACUCCCUCACUCAGGACCGUCUUUGGGUUUGCUCAUUCAGAGGUGUGGAGGCUCCAUCUGUGACCUGUUCCAUAUAAAACCUUGCGAAUUCCGCCUGAUCUCCUCGGCAUACAUUAGAAACAAACAUUCAUUUGAUUUGGCUCGUUUGUUUAAUUUAGCAUCCAUAUCUGACACAUAUUUUAUCGAAGACACAAAAAGAGGUGAAAUUACAAGAUGGAUGAGGAAUACGAUGUGAUCGUUUUGGGCACUGGACUUACAGAAUGCAUCCUAUCAGGAAUCAUGUCUGUGAACGGGAAGAAGGUUUUGCACAUGGAUCGGAACCCUUAUUAUGGGGGUGAAAGCUCCUCCAUAACUCCUCUGGAGGAGUUGUACAAGCGAUUCGGAAUUGCAGAUGCUCCCCCUGAGGCGAUGGGUAGGGGGCGAGACUGGAAUGUUGAUCUCAUCCCCAAGUUCCUCAUGGCUAACGGUCAGCUGGUGAAGAUGCUUCUGUACACAGAAGUGACCCGAUACCUGGACUUCAAGGUUGUGGAGGGAAGCUUUGUUUACAAGGGCGGGAAGAUCUACAAGGUGCCUUCCACUGAGAGCGAAGCUCUGGCCUCCAAUCUCAUGGGAAUGUUUGAGAAGAGGAGGUUCCGGAAGUUCUUGGUGUUUGUUGCAAACUUUGAUGAGAAUGAUUCCAAGACGUUUGAAGGCGUUGACCCUAAACUUACCACCAUGAGGGACGUCUAUAAAAAAUUUGACCUGGGGCAGGAUGUCAUCGACUUCACUGGUCAUGCCCUUGCCCUCUACAGGACAGAUGAUUACCUGGACCAGCCCUGUCUGGAGACCAUCAAUCGCAUCAAGCUGUACAGUGAAUCCCUGGCUCGCUAUGGCAAGAGCCCCUACCUGUACCCUCUGUAUGGGUUGGGUGAGCUACCCCAGGGUUUCGCCAGGCUGAGCGCGAUUUAUGGAGGGACAUACAUGCUGAACAAGCCCGUGGAGGAGAUCGUGAUGGAGAAUGGACACGUGGUCGGGGUUAAGUCUGAAGGAGAGGUGGCGCGCUGUAAGCAGCUGAUCUGUGACCCCAGUUACAUCUCAGACCGGGUGCGUAAAUGCGGUCAGGUGAUCCGUGUGAUCUGCAUCUUGAGCCACCCCAUAAAGAAUACCAAUGAUGCCAACUCCUGCCAGAUCAUCAUCCCACAGAACCAGGUCAACCGCAAGUCAGACAUCUAUGUGUGCAUGAUCUCGUAUGCACACAAUGUGGCGGCCCAGGGCAAGUACAUCGCCAUCGCCAGCACCACGGUGGAGACCAGCGAGCCAGAGGUCGAGGUCGAACCUGCGCUAGAGCUGCUGGAGCCCAUUGAUCAAAAGUUUGUGGCCAUCAGCGACCUUUAUGAGCCUACGGAUGAUGGCGACGAGAGCCAGAUUUUCGCCUCACGGUCGUAUGACGCUACCACCCACUUCGAGACCACCUGCAACGACAUCAAGGACAUCUACAAGCGCAUGACGGGCAGCGACUUUGACUUCGAGAACAUGAAGCGCAAACAGAACGACGUGUUUGGUGAAGAUGAGCAGUGAGGCGGAAAGGGGUGGGGCUUUCCGGAGUGGGUGAGCAAACGGGGGGCUAGAGUUCAGUGGGGGGGGCUGUGAGGUUGGGGAGGAGGAGAAAGCUGUAGAGGGCGUGCCAGUUCAGAUGCCCUCCCCCUUCCAAACGCGCCUCUUCCUCUCACCCACCCCCCCUCUCUGAAUGUUCCCAGGACCUCAGAUUCACCUCUCCUACGGCCCAUUACGAGGCAAGCUUGACACUCCUGGAGGGUUUUGUUCUGUUUUUGAUUCCGUGCUGAUUAAACUUCUGUCUGUGAGCUGCACACACAAGUCGUGAGUCCCUCCCUGGACUACCUGGGGACAGUAUGCUUUUUUUUUUUUAACGAAAAAAAAAAAACAAGAUUUCUAUUCCUAGGACACGUUUUCUUUUGGCUAAGUUUUGACUGCACUGUCUUUGUCAGUGGCUCAGUGCUUUGGUCGUUGUCAUUUCUGCUUUUUAUCGUGGGUUAGAAGGUCCCAUGUAUGAAUGCACAAACACACACACACACGCAUACACACACACACACGCAUACACACACAUACACACACAUACACACACAAAAAAAUCACUGCAGAUCAUACACAUACCUAUCAAUUACCUGCUGAUCUAUGGCUGUGGAAUGAAUUUGAAUGUUUAUAAGUGACAUUGAAGGAUUUUUCACGGCCCCUGGGUUGUUGCUGUAUACCAAAAUGAAAUGUGGGACUUUUGGGGACUUAUGGACAUAACAGUUCCAUCUCUCCUGAGAGGGAUCAUGUGACCAACAGCACAUUUUCUGUCCCUUCUUACAGGGGACAUGUCCUAUAGAUUUCUGUCUGUUAAGAAUUCUGAUCAGCCUGCUUUUUCUAGCUUGGUGUCUUGGCCCAAAAUACCCUUGAAAAAGACAUGAAAAGAAAAUCCCAGCACAAGCUGGUCGUCUUAAUUCCCCACCCUUUUACAUGGAAGAUCAGUGUGGCAGCCAGGAGCAUGGGGGGUAUCUGAGUGUGGGCUGGAGGUAGCUGGCCUAGUGGUUAAGGACGUGGACUGGUAGUUUUGAAGGUUACUAGUUAAAUGCCCAAGAAUGCCUUAUUAUAGUGAUUCUCGGUAAGGUUAACUGAGACUUAACUGUGCAAAUGGGUAAAAGUGUAAGUGUUAGGGUAAAACUGUCAGAGAAUAACUAAAAAUGUUGUGGUUUCUUGUGAACUAAAGCUGUGAAUUUGAUUCUGGAGAGUGGAAGGCAAGAGAGCAGGAUGCAGUUAAACCCCAGUGGUCUGAGGGUUAGCGACUUUUUUAUAAACCUUGUUUGUGAGGUUUGGCUGUUUCUCAUGUGGAUUUAGGAAGCAUUAUGUGAAAGGGUGGUGAAUAUAGAUUAUGGGGGGGGGGGGCACCAGUCUAUAAUUCUGGCUGUAAAGUGUGCGUCAGUGUGAGGAUUUAUGACGGUGGCAUCAUUUGUCACAAGCUUGGUUUGUUUGGUGAAAUCUGGUGACUGGUUUGGCUGUGGUCUGAAGUGAGAUUUUUGAAUUUCCUGUCUGACAGUCACUUGGACUCCGCAAUUCUCCUCUUCCUCUUCCUCCCAUCAGCUGCCACACUUUGCCCUCGAUACGUCUUAAAGGAAUUAGCAGACCUCUCUUUUAUGUUCUGACUUUGGUGGGAGGAAGAAGGGCUGUUUAGGCUUGUGUUGAAUUAGUAGAUAGUUAAUAAACUAGAAAAAAAAAACUGAAAAUGAAAACAGGAAAGACUAGGAAUUCUUUAAUGCUUAGCUCAACUGGAAACUAAUUUCAUGUUUCAAUUAUACAGUACUCUUUAGUAAAACCUUACUAGAUGCCAAACAGUUAUGAGAGAUGUGUGGUUAUACAAAUACAAUUGCUUAAGGCUGUUUAAAGCUACAUGUCUUAUAAAACAGACAGUUAUGACCAGGUUGAAUCUGAGCGUUUAUUUCUUUCCGAUGCUAACAUUAAUGUCUGUGAUUAACGCCUGUAUUUACACCCAUUCCUCUUUGGGCAGGCUUGCCCAUAGGUUAUACUCAUGGGAACAAUGACGUUGAAGCUGAAGAACCUCAAAGCAGCUGCUUUGGUGAAAUAACCCUGUUCUACUGCUCAUAGCCUCAGCAUAUUAGUUAUAACGAAACAUUCCAUUCCAACAGAAAAGGGGUAACUUCAUCGAAACCUCAAAGCUUGCAGUUGAGUCUGAAGCAAAACCUUAAAGCCCCUUUGUCAUCCAGAUUUUUUUUUGUCAUUCCUGGCCAUAGCUGCAUGUCCCUGAAUUAUGAAAAUUUGAAAUUUCUCAUCUUUGAGGUUCAGUGGAACAAUCACCAAAUCAAAGGCUUGAUCUGUGCUGUGCACUUAAAAACAUAUCUCUGUGAAAUUGGUGAAACUGGAAUUGUCAGGUUUAAACUAAAAGUUAUUUUAUUCUUUCCCAGAUAUUCUUUCCACUUAUGGUUAUUUAAGUGAAGACAUUGUUUUAUAUUUUAUUUAUUGUAAUAUUGCCUGGUUCAUUUGAUGUAUGUGAUGAAAACAGUUUAAACGGUAAAUUCUCUUCUGACUGUCCUGUUCAGACUUACCAGUAGGUGGCUUGUGGUUCUUAUUUGAACACUAAAAUGUCAACGAUACCAAACUUCUUGUACAAGAAAUUAAAUAAGUGAAAAUAUGAAUACAGAUAUUAAAAUAAAUAGCACAUGGUAAACUGAGCGAAUGCGGAUAAUAAUUUGUGUGUUUUUUGGCCUGGUGUUGUCUCCACACGUCUUCUGUUUGACUCAAAUAGCUGAAAUAUAUCAGUAUCAAAAUAAAGUUUAACAGAAUCAUGA